AUGAGUUAUAAAGAUCGAAACCGCCGAGCGAAGAUUCGUGUAAACGCGGGUGCCAUAAAAAGUAAAGAAAGUAAUAACAACGAGAAUUUAUCUAGGACUAGCUGCGAACAGUUUGCAACCAUAGGGACGAAAACGGCGAGCGGCAGAAGGAGGCAAAGCCUUCCGCCGCAAAGACAAUGUCAAUUGGAUUUGGACUGCCUGGAAGAGCGGGGAGGUGACACUAUUUACAGUAAAAAUGCUGAUAGUGGAUCCAGGGAAGAAGAAAGCCCCGCGGAUAGUCUCGAUAGAGUCAAAGUCGUAUUUCUUGGUGCUCCAGGGGUCGGAAAAUCAAGCAUUAUUCGACAAUUCGUUUGGAGCGAAUUCGUCGAGCAGUACAGGCCAACGGAUCGACGAGAAACCUUUUACCCGAGUGUCGUCCUAGCCGAUCGCCUUUACGAGCUCAAAAUUACGGAUUUACCGACGAUCCCGUACUUCCCGGUCAGCUCUCACCUGGAAUGGGCUGACUUCCGGUAUUACGGGCUGAGAAGCGCCACGGCGUAUGUUCUAGUCUUCGACCUUAGCAACCAAGACACCUUCCAGGUACACUUACCUUCUCAUUUAAUUACCAGAAAGAAACAUUUAAGGUGA